GCUGUCUGUUAACCAUUUAUGUGUAUCCGAACGCGAUUAGACUAGAUUGCAGCGGAACUUUGUUCGGUAUAUUGUUCUGGGAGAACAGGGAAAUGAAGUUAGCGGACAGUCGCUACUGGAUGGAAUUUAUUUCUCGAAAGAAGCACCAAUAUCUCGGUGGAAACGGCGAAGGAGGAGGAGGGUAGCGAUGUCGCAGAAUUGGAAAGCGCGACACGCUCCAACCUCAAACUCCGCGAAGCACAUAAAGAAAUAGUUUGUAACAAGCAAAAAUUUUAGAAUCUUCCCUACGCUCUUGACGCUUUAUCGACGAUAAAUCAAACUCUCCGAGAGAAGUUCACGCGAACUCGUUGAAGGAAGCGUAAAACGGGCAACACGUAUAAUACAUUAUACCAUGUCGUCCCUGAUCGUAAUGCACAACUCGCGAAUUAUGCUGUUGGAGGUAGCUGUGAAAAAUCUGUACAUGCCAUGGUCCGACGUGUUCGACUCUGCGCUUAUGAAGAGGACCGUCAUAAUGUUUCGAAUGCUGGAUGACGAAUGGACAACGUUGUCGCCGAAUCGACGAGACUAUCGUUCGUAUCGUGGCUCUAAUUACGAGAACGAACAAUUUUAUGGCGGCAGAUCCGUGCUGUUCUCCGUGCCGGAAACUAUGUUCGAGGAGAAAAUGUCCGGAGUAGAUCUGCAGCUGUAUGUGUACAAAGGAGUGUCCAAGUAUUUCGAGCUGGAGCCACGACGGAAUUUCGGAUUCGCCCUCGUCAGGAUGGACGAUCUGUUUAACGGUAUUAUCAAGGACCUCUGCGAACGGAAGGAGCUGGAGGGUUAUUUUUCUGCCGCACUGGAGCGGGAACCUAUAUCAAGGUCGACACGCGGCACGUUCGUUCUGCUGGAUGAGGAUUUACAAGCAACCGACGCCACCAUCGAGCUCUACAUACGCAUCAGUUACUUGGGCAAAUGCAUCAUAACCGAAGUACACUCCCCUACGAGCAUACAAAGAGCAUUCUACGCACGCGAGGAAACCGACGACCAUUACCAAUAUCAAUUCCGGGAAUUAAAUACUAUGGAUCUGGAAUCCUUUUGUUGGGGCAGCUUGACGAUCAUCCCGCCCCUUCAUCCUGACAAUUUGAUCUGUCGAUGCAAAGAUCUCGUGGACAAAUUAGUGGGAGUGGCGACGCAGACGAAAAAGACGAGAAAACGCAAACGCGACGAAUUCGAUUUAAUGCUCAGAAUGGCUCAUGUACAGAAACUAUUGGCCUUGAUGAAAGAGAUGAGAAAGAAUCGUCCAGACGUAAUGCCGCCCGCGGAAACGAAGAGAGUUUGCCCACCGUCACCGUCACCGUGUAUCUGCCCCACGGUGUGUCCACCUGUCUGCGUUUACACUAUGCCCUCCGUUUGUUCCAAUCCCUGUCAGCAGACAACCGUUUACUGUCUACCAUGAACGAACGCCGUCUACGAGUCACAGAGAAUUUACAUAGGAAGCCAGAAUCGUGAAGUCGUCCUGGAAGAUCCAGAGACGUUACGUCCGCGAGAUGAGCUUCAAGUUUUACCAUUGUUCCAACCAAAUCUUUCCCGAGGAAUAGACGCAAGGAUGGGAAGCAAGAAAGAAUUCUCUUCAUCCGCGUACGUUUCUCCCUUUGUGUAUCAUCGAUGUGCAUGGAACGUAGGAUAAUCUGGUCCCGAGACCGGGCGAUUGUAAAUUGCAAAGCGAACCAAGCCGUCUUCUGAGGAAUUUCAUGCACCGGGACGUGCAGUUUUUCACCGUGUUCGGGGUAACUCGAUAUCCACUUCGCGCCCCGGAUAUUCCGAUAUUCCAUGCAAUUGAAAGCCGAAGAGUUUUGCAUUUUGAUUACAGACACCCUCUCUCCUAUACUAGCGAAGAAGAUCGCCGCGUACAUGUACGUGUAUAUAUACCUACGUACGUAUACGGCCACGCCGGGAUUUCGAUUUGCAGGCAGGGGAGUAUUUUAUCAUCGGUGGCAUUAUGCAAAGAUUCGAAUCUGGAGAGGGCGAAAAAUCUUCGAUCGUGAGGCACGCGGAAUCCAGGAACGGGUUUGUGAAAAUAGAGCGAACGCUUCUUUUCAUCGGUUCGUAAAUUUUUGUUGGGAAACCACUGCUCUAUUUGGACAAUUUCUAAGAGGACUCGAUACGUAGGAAGCACUUUUUCAACGUUUUCGCAUCUUUUGAUAUAUAUGUGCACAUAUUAUCAAUCCGUUGAAAUUGCACAGUGAUAUUUGUCAAACGUUAAAUCGAAAUACGUGAUUGCUGUCUAAGAAAUAAACGAGUGGGCGUACAAUUU